UUGAGCUUGGAGUUAAACAAAAACAAAGAUGUUGAAAGGAUUCAUGGAAGUGGCAUUAAUACCUUGGAUAUUGAACCUGUUGAACAUCGAUAUAUGUUAUCAGGUGGUUCAGAUGGUGCUAUUGUAUUGUAUGACCUUGAGAACUUUAGCAGAAAGCCUUGCUAUACCUGUAAAGCAAUUUGUUCCGUGAGAAGGAACCACCCUGGUGUUCAUAAAUUCAGCGUAGAGACUGUUCAAUGGUAUCCUCAUGAUACUGGCAUGUUUACCUCAAGUUCAUUUGAUAAAACACUGAAAAUAUGGGAUACAAAUACAUUACAGCCUGCUGAUGUAUUUCAUUUUGAUGGGACAGUAUAUAGCCAUCAUAUGUCUCCUGUUGCUACCAGACAUUGCUUAAUUGCAGUUGGUACCAAAAGCCCCAAAGUACAGCUUUGUGACUUCAAGUCUGGAUCUUGUUCUCACAUUCUGCAGGGUCAUACACAAGAAGUUCUAGCAGUAUCUUGGUCACCCCGUUAUGAAUUUAUAUUAGCAACUGGAAGUGCUGAUAGUAGAGUGAAAUUGUGGGAUGUAAGGAGAGCAUCUGCCUGUCUAAUUACUCUUGACCAACAUAAUGGGGAGAAGUCAAAAGCAGCUUCUGAAACAAGUUGUAUUGAAUUCCAAAUUGUGCAUAUUUUCCUGACAGUAAAUACUGCCCAUAAUGGAAGAGUCAAUGGCUUGUGUUUUACCAGUGAUGGGCUUCACCUUUUGACAGCUGGAACAGAUGAUCGCAUGAGACUCUGGAACAGUUCAAGUGGAGAGAACACACUGGUAAAUUAUGGGAAGGUGAGCAAUGAAAGUAAGAAAGGACUCAGGUUUACAGUGUCGCAUGGCUGCAGUUCAGAAUUUGCAUUUGUGCCAUGCAGUACCACUGUUGCUGUUUAUACAAUUUAUUCAGGAGACCUAAUAACUACACUUAGAGGACAUUAUAGUUCUGUUGACUGCUGUGUCUUUCAACCUAAUUUUCAGGAACUUUAUAGCAGUGGCAGAGAUGGCAAUAUUCUUGCCUGGGUACCAUAUUUGAGAGAACCAGAACCUGAUGAUACUCAUUCUGAAAAGUUGCUCUCUAAGCAGUGCUUAAAUCCUGCAUAUGAAGAUGCUUGGAGCAGCAGUGAUGAUGAGGUUGGAUGAAUUCCUAAUCGACUGUUAACAUAAAGAUGAUAAAUCAUGCAGCGUUUUCUAAUGAAGAACACUGACUAUCGGGACCAGACACAGCUAUGCUUUCCAGGUUCUUAACAUUUAAACAGUAAACCCUCAGAUUCCAUGAGUACUUUCCUUUUUUCUACUUUGUUAUUCCCAAAUUUUAGCCAAGCAACAUGUUUACAGCUUCAGUUAUAAUGAAGUAAGAAUGUAUUUCUUUGUAUGUGUUUGCUCUCUUCUGUAAAAAUACAAUGGACCUACUCAUAUUUUGUUCUUCAGUAGACCUCAGUUCCGUUGACAUCCGUUAAUAUCACAAAAUUUUUGUCUUGGGAUUUCUUAUACAGAGGUAAGCUUUGUGUGUGUGUAAUAUUUUCAUGGCUGGAAAUACAGUAGAUGAAUAAAAGCUGAACAUCUCCUUUACGUCAGACUAAUAAUGGGUAUCUUAGUUAAUUGUCAAAUUAAGAAUGGCAAUAAAAUUACAGUGGUUGCUUAUAGAAAAUGUGGCUACUUGCCUCUGUGUUAGUGGCAGCCCAGUAAAUCUAUUUGCUGUCCAGUCACGUAACAGAAUAAUUUUAGACAGAAAAGAUUCUAGGACCUCAGCCUCCAUCACAGAUACUGUUGAAGGGAUGGACCAAACAGCUCUUCUGCAGUACUACUUGACAGCAUUCAGAGCAGAGUUGCUGAUAUAUAAUGAAGCUCUUACCAGUACUUUUGUUUUCAGAUGCAUGGAUGUGCAGUAUGCAGUUCCCCAAAAGCUACUGAACUACAACUGCCCAGAUAGCAUAGUAAAUAGAGUGAGAGAUGUUUACUGUUCAGAUAUUCCUGAGUGAAUAUCUUAGUUAACUACUGUUGUCUCUUAGUAUCUUUAGCAAGUUCUUCCUUCUCCUACUGCUAGUCUGUAUGUUGCUAUACACUGUUUGCAUAUGCAGCUCCUCUAGCAUCUAGUACCUUUGAGUCAUUGCCUUAAAUGUUUCUGUCUUGCGAAGUUCUCAGUGUACAGUAUGUUUUAAAUUGGUUGGUGUAUGUUUCAGAACAAAGUUAAAACACAUGUCUCAGAGAUAAUUCCAUGAUUUCAUAUUGUCAGGACAUGUAGCCUUUCCACUAGAAAUCAUACUAUGUAGAAGUACUACUACUAACUGCCAGCAGGAAAAAGGAGUGCCUUUAUCUGCUGGCAGCUGCUGCUGGCAGAGCAAAUGGGAGAGGUAGAGCUAGUAUUAUCGUUCAUUUCCUUCAGUGGAACAUGCUUACAUAUAAUACCUAGUACACACCUGCUUCUUGUUGGGGAAGAGGGUUCCUUAUAUCAGAACUUGUAGAGAGUAUGGAAGUUUACUUUGACAAAGAUGCAGGAAUUGUUGCCCAGGCAAAAGGGGCUGAAAUAUUUUUUUAAGUCAAGAAUAAUGAGUUAACAUUCAAAAGCAGCUCAGGCAGAUGCCUCCCUAAUUCACUGAACUAUAAGAAGGAGAAGUAAGUAGAACACACUGAGACCUUCAAGAUUCUAUUAUUAUAGCCAAUCUCAAUAAAAGUAGUUUUAGCCUUCUUAUGGGGUUGAUUUCCUGGUCUGGUCUACCUAGUGAGGCUGACAGAACUGCAUUAUAAUCAAAAUAUAUUAAAACUAGGAAAAUGGUUUAAUCAUGUGUAUAAAGAAUGGGAAUAUUUUCAUCUCAAGGGUUAAAUUGGCUUUCUGACAAGCAUGUUGGAGUUUUUCCCACUGUUGGUAUGAAGUUUCCAUUGACACAUUUCCUGAGAUUCCCCAUCACACAUCUUAUUUGUACACUUACUUUUACACUAAGAACUGGCUCACUAGAACUGCAAAUCAACUCCAUAUCUUUGCUGUGCUCCCUGGGAGCUUCUAUAAUAGCUCUGCUAAUAUUGAUGCUAAUGAACUUCUGGAAGACCAAAGGACAGGUUGGUGGAAGAAGCAAACAUGUGGUCAACAGCAACUUGUGCAGAUGAACCUGUAGGGUGCUGUCUUGCUCUGGGAGUGAGAAACAUCCCUAAAUGUGGAUGAACAAACCUGAUUUGGUCAAUAGAAUGUGAAAGAGAUCAGGGCACAUCUUUCUAUCUCACAGUCAACCAAAGUGAACACAGUGGAGUCUCAUGUUAUCAAAAUCCUGGAAGGUAAAGAUACUUGAACAACACUUUGCAGUUUCAGAAACAGUGGUCUCCCAGUAAACCAGCCUUAUUUCCACUUCUUUCUCUACAGGAAAUGUAACAUGACAGUCCUUUUGAAGUAGGCCAGGUCAAGAAACAGUCAACAGGGAUUCCAGGAAUGCUACUUCAUUAUGAUAGGAUAUAAUAGUAUCUUGAAAACCUGCCCAAGUUUCUCUUUGUCUCAUCUUAUGCUAAACAAAAUCAAGGUGGGAUUAUUUUGAGAUUCUGUUUCACAUUUGCUUCAAUCCCUGAACUGUAUAAUCUCUUCUCCAAGUCUACCUCAUUCUUUCCUUCUCCAAGAUCUUUAGAACUGAACAGAGGUUCAAGUGAUAAUCAUCUGAAUUAUCAAUUUUCAAAAAGAAAAUGAGCAGAUAUGAAAUUGUCACGAGGUUUUCUUCCAGGCUAAAUACACACAGGAUAGGUUUCAAGCCAUUUACUUUGGUUUUGUGAGUAACUACAGGUAGUCCUCAACUUACAGCUAUUCGUUCAGCAACCAACCAUUCAUUCAGCUACCAUUCAAAGUUAUGACAGUGCUGAACGAAAGGACUAACAACCAGUCCUAAGUUCCAGCCAUUGCAGCGCCCCUGUGGUCACAUGAACAAAAGUUGGGUGCCUGGCAACCAGCUUGCACUUAU